AUGAUUCGAGUUGAUACGACCGCUCCUGAUGUAGUCUGUAGUGAGGAUAUCACAAUCACUGUCGAACUUGGUAGGCCUACUCCGAAUACAUCCGUCGAGUUCAUACAGCCGUCGGCUACUGAUACGUCAGGCACGGAUUUACUGGUCUCCUCAAAUUAUGACUCGGGUGACGAAUUCCCGGUCGGGGCAACCGUCGUUGAGUACGUCUUUGCUGACGAGAGCGGAAAUGAGGCAACUUGCAAUUUCACCGUAAUCGUCAACUCAAUUGAUACGGUCGCUCCUGAUGUAGUAUGUAAUGACGAUAUCACCGUCACUGUCGAACUCGGUAUGUCUGCUCCGAAAACAUCCAUCGAGUUCAUACAACCAUCGGCUACUGAUAUGUCAGGCACGGCUUUAUUGGUCUCCUCAAAUUAUGGCUCGGGUGACGGAUUCCCAGUCGGGUCAACCGUCGUUGAGCACGUCUUUGCCGAUGAGAGCGGAAAUCAAGCAACGUGUAACUUCACAAUCACCAUCAACACCUAUGCUUUUCUGGACCCUGUGGGCAUAGAGAGUGGAGCCAUUCCAGAUUCAUCCAUGACAGCUUCUAGUGCAUGGGAUAGUGUUAAUCAGUGUUUUCCUGAGAGGGCGCGCUUACACCUUGUCAGGGAAGAAAAAGGAGAGAACUUCUUAUGUGGAGCCUGGUUAUCGCACUACCGCGAUACGAAUCAAUGGAUACAGGUGAGAUCGGCGUGAUCGACGGAAAGGCUUCCAUAAAGGCAGGUGUUGGAAGUUUUUAAUUUCUCUCCGUAGACCGGUAGUCCGAUAUGCCCUCCCGUGCCC